AUGGCGGACGCCGGUGGGGAGGCGGGCGCGGGGGAGAGACCCGUACCUUCAACAGGGGACUUCGACACGUACGCGAAGGAGCUGGGAAGAUGGGCCGUAAACGAUUACAGCGGCUUGCGCGAGCCGCUGACAAGCAAGUCGGGGGUGACACGGACAGUGCCCCUGAAUUCGCUGGACAACGCGUGGACGUCUUUCGUGAGCCGCUGGAACACAGAAGGCGCCGCCAAAUUCGUCCCCUCCCUCGAAAGACUCGAAGCGGACCAUGAAGAGCGCUCGGUGAGCGCACUAGCAAGGCGAAAUCACAACGUGGCUUAUGACGCCGACCGCGGCUGCUGUUAUGUGCAUUACGCCAGUGGGUGCACCUGGUGUUCGGAGAGCGGUCGCCCGAGGCCCGGUCAGGGUGCGCGGGAGCAGGAGGUAGCAGAGUAUCCCGUCUCUGAGGCUGAGCGGAAACUUGUUGGGCAAUACCAUAGAGCCAUGAGCGAUGUUAGGCAUGGCGGGCGGCCGCGCCACCCGGAAGACCUGCCGCCGUUGGAGCGGUUGCCUCGUACACCGCCACACAGUCCGGAACGUCCUCGAGAAGCACCGCUCGAGGCUCCCAGCUAUCGGCCAUUGUACCAAGCCAACGCACGCGAUACUGGCAGCGCGGAGGGAUGGAAACGUCACGGGCGGGAGACCCACGACCCGUACGCGUACGCACUAUCAACGAGGGGGCAGGGCCGUCACGCUAGAACCGUGCAGCGUGGCCAGCGCGAGGAGGCUGAGAUCGCUCGGAGCCGGCAGCGCGCGGUGGAACGACUGAGCCGUCUGGAACGCGAGAUGGCGGAGUUGCGCCGGGAGCUGAAGGAGCCUCCGCGUCCUGAGCGAAAACAUCAUAAUCGAUGGGAGGCGGAGGCGCGGGUGUAG